UAAUCCUUCUCAUUUCCCUUUUUCAUUUCUCUCUACUCUGUCUGUCUCUCUGCAUCAUUCAUUCCACUGAUUGAUUGAUUUCUUGCCUUUUUCGUAACUCUCUGCUGAUUCUUUAAGCUUCUUACAAAGUUGCUUUAAAUGGCGACGCAAUUCAGUUUUUUCAGGUUAAACUACAGUAAAUGGCUCAAAAUACUCAAAGGGAUCUUAUCAAGGAAGGAGAGAAAGGUUUAAUGAAGCUUAGGGAUUGUACGGCAAGUGGAAAUUGAUAUUCUGCAGGUUUUCUCUGCGUGUCAAAGUGUUAUGCUUCUAAUAAACGUCUAUUCGAGGAAUGUGGUCAGAUAUUUUAGGAACUAAAGUGCACUGGUAACAGAUUCUCAUCUUACCUGAACUGGAUUCAGUAACAAUGGACAGAUCAGACACGUCUGGUUUCGUAAGCAGUGGCUCUGACAUGUCAUAUUUUGUUAGAUUUUUCCCAGUAUUCUCAAUUUCCAGUUCCACUAUAUUUCUGCUAAAAUCUUCUCUUCUUUUUCUCAUCCGGUGUUAGUUUGUUAGCGCUCUCAAAUCAAACUUCCUCUAGUUUUUCACUGCAUAUACGUAUUCUAUACAAAAUGCAACACAGCAUGUCAGGUCUUUUCAUUCCUAGCAAUCGUGAACUUGGCCAGAGUGACCACUGUGGUGAUACUGCUCUGCGCUUGGAUUGUCUUGGCUAUAGCACAAGCAAGAUGAGUAGGUCUUCAAACUCUUGCGCUAAUAAUGAUGCUCUUUCUGUCCAAGUUCCUGAUGACACUUGUAGGUUAGUUCUUGGACUAGGUCCAACAGCGAGUUCAUAUUCUGGUGAUUAUUUUUCUAUGGGGGUUAACAAAAGCAAGGAAUCUUCCAUUAUAUUUGGUGAAGGGUUGGCUUCUAAUGGUGAUCCUGGACUCUUGAAACUUGGCUUGUCUAGAGAGUGUGGAGAUGUUUCCAGCGUGCAUGGAAAUCCAAUAUCAGCAUGGAAUGAUCUGAACACGCCCUUCGUGAGCCAAAUAUCUUUUGGGGAGAACAGAACUUCUAUUCCAAUUGUUGACGAGGGUUCCACUUCGGCCAAGAAAUCAGGUGGUUAUAUGCCAUCUCUUCUCCUUGCUCCAAGGCUAGAUAACAGUAGAAGUUUGAUGGAGACUGAGAAAUUUUUGGAUCUUAGCCCGAUAACCAAGAAAAGUCAUCAUCAUUGUCUAGCUCAAGUGAGCCCUGAGCGCUCGGGUACAACAGAUUACUCUAUGGGUACAAUCUCCGAGUCUGCAACUACCAGAACAUCUUCGGACCAGCGCAACCAUCCUAAGAAAUGUAAGUACGAUGGGUGUUCAAAGGGUGCACGUGGUGCUUCCGGUCUCUGUAUCGCACACGGAGGAGGUCAGAGAUGUCAGAAACCAGGAUGUAACAAAGGUGCUGAAAGCCGAACUGCAUACUGCAAGGCUCACGGGGGAGGAAGGAGGUGCCAAACUUUGGGUUGCACCAAAAGUGCUGAAGGAAAGACAGAUUAUUGCAUAGCCCAUGGAGGUGGGAGACGAUGUGGACAUUCGGGUUGCACCAAAGCAGCAAGGGGAAAGUCAGGUCUGUGCAUCAGGCAUGGUGGAGGCAAGAGAUGCAAAGUGGAAGGAUGUACCCGCAGUGCUGAGGGUCAGGCUGGAUUAUGCAUCUCUCAUGGUGGGGGCCGCCGGUGCCAGCAUCCUGGAUGCACCAAAGGGGCUCAAGGUAGCACCAUGCACUGUAAGGCUCAUGGUGGGGGAAAGAGGUGUGUAUUUCAAGGGUGUACAAAAGGUGCUGAAGGGAGCACACCACUCUGCAAAGGGCACGGUGGAGGAAAACGCUGCCUUUAUGAUGGUGGUGGUAUCUGCCCGAAGAGUGUUCAUGGGGGGACUGAUUACUGUGUUGCCCAUGGUGGAGGAAAACGGUGUGCUGUUGCGGGCUGUACAAAGAGUGCACGUGGCCGCACUGAUUGCUGUGUUAAACACGGCGGUGGAAAACGUUGCCGGUUCGAUAACUGCGGUAAAAGUGCUCAAGGGAGUACAGAUUACUGCAAGGCUCACGGUGGAGGGAAAAGGUGCAUGUGGGGACAAGGAGCUUGCGAGAAGUUUGCAAGAGGGAAAAGUGGGCUUUGUGCAGCACAUGGCAGUUUGGUACAGGAUAAGGAUUCAGGAAAGAGCGGCAUGAUUGGUCCAGGACUCUUUCGUGGUCUUGUAUCUGUUUCUACAUUUGGUAGCAGCUCAUCUUCAGGCGUGAGUGCAGUUUCUGAUUGUGUGGAUACAGCAGAAAAGCCAGCAAAAAGACAACAACAGCUUUUAAUCCCGCCACAGGUCUUGGUUCCUUUGUCAAUGAAGUCGUCAUCAUCCUCUCCAGGUCUCUUGGGUGGUGCUUCAGGAGGCAAUGGAGCUGGUGUGAACAACAACAACCUUAUCAAUCUAAGGAUUCCAGAAGGAAGGGUCCAUGGUGGCGGGCUCAUGUCUUUUCUCGGCGGGAAUGUUAACAAUGUUCUGAACCUAUGAAGAAAAUUCUCGCCGGUAUGUAAAUUUUUAUCUGCAUAUUUGUGUGCUUCCCAAUUUUUAAGAUAUCAUUUCAAAAGAAGGGUAUUAUUAGUUAGUCAGGUGGAGGUCUAUUUUGGAUAUUCAAGAUAGACCCACAUUAGUGUUCUGUGUAAUUUGUAUCAUGUAUGCUGUGCAAGGGGUUCACUUGUAGAAUAUCUAGUGUGGGGUUAUUUAUGUUGCAAUUUCAUUAUUAUUGAGAGAAGCAUAAAAAACAUGAAUACUACUCUGUUCUAAGCAUUGUAUUAGUAUUAGCUUUUCGAAUUUUGGAUUUCUCAUUGUAAUUGGGUUUAUUCUGGUUUCUCGUCAAUGUUUUAAGUUAACUGUACAUAUCUUCUGUAAAUAAAAAAGAGUUGCUCCAACUGCAACUCGAUUUCAAGUUAA